GAGUGCAGUGUUUUGCGAGCAGUUUUAUAGUAAAUUACAAAAAAUGGUUAAUUUAAGUGUAAUAAAUAGAACGAUGCGAUUGCAAAAGAUGUUGCUGCCUUUAAGGACAUUUUCAAUUUCCAACCGAAUACUGGAACAAGUGUGAAGAUAUCUACAACAACUACUACAUCAAACGAGGGGGAACAGUUAUGAAGCAUAUGGAGCAUCCGCAGUUGGCUCACGACUUACCGGCACUGGGAUCGUGUACACUAAAUUUGGUCGACCUUAUAAGACAACUAAUCAAUGAAAAACAAUAUGAAGGUGUUGCUUUGUUAUUUACAAGCAAAAGUGAUGCAGAGCGCAAUACGAUGUGCCUUGAGACCGUGGGAAUGGAGUUAUAUCAUGACAUUUGCUUACCUAAUCUUACUUCCGAAAUACACGAUAGUCAACUGCCUUUAUACACAUGUGCUGAGGAGUUAUUAUAUUUAAUAGCAUCCCAUGCACCCAUGGAAGAGUUGUUGCUCGAACUGCUUGAGAUUAUUGAGGAAAACGAUUCCGAAUAUGUAUUCACCUCAGCACUACGUGCACUGCAAACGGUGUUACUUCGUAUGGGUAACAAGAAACCACGCGCUCUCGAAUGGAGCUUGAACUCUAUACAUACCCGGCUAGAAAAAUUGCCACUACCAACGUUUCUAAAAGAAGGCUAUGAUAGCAAGCAAGAGCGUCUACUGGAACAAAAUGCACAGAUUGAAAAGUUGUUGAUGUUUUACAUUACUGUAGAACUAUUCUACGGCCCACUACUUAGAGACGAGUUGUCCCAACUGCGACCACCUGAUCAGGUGUUUUUUGAUACAGGCAUGAAUAGACGAAAUGUCAUGUGCUGCUUUUUAAUACAUAUGCUUGGAAAACCACUUGCGUUGCUAGAUUUAACUAUUGACGAACGUAAGACUAAUAGCUUUACCGCACAGUGCGCACGAAAACUGACCGAAGGUGCAACACGCUGUUUGGUGGAUCCUCUCCGUCUACUGUCCGUGGGUGAGCACCGUAUUCGUUGGAAUCGCCGCUUGAAUGCCGAUAAGGGUGUCCAUGAAAUGAGCUCUAACAACAUAUUUCUAAUUGAGGAAAAAUUGCCCCUAGAGUCACUAGCAAUUUACUUCUACAUGGUCUUGGUAGAAGAGAUCAGUUUUUCUUCUGUGCCUAAAGUAUAUUCACCAGUAUACAUAUUCGAAGCCGGUCUCUACUAUGCGAACGAGUUAUUGGCACAUGAAGAGUCGGUACUACACUAUCGUGCAGUUUUGUUGGUGAAACGUUUAUUAGAUAAUCUGUUCGAAACAGAUAUUUCUGCAGUUUCUUUGGAAUUGGAGGUACAUAAAAAUUUUUGCAUCUCUCUAUGCAAUAUCAUUGGAUAUUCAUCACAAAAUCAGCUUAGGCAAACCGGUGUUAAAGUGCUGCGCCAGUAUAUUUUAAAAUUUGACGAUGAAGGCAAAUAUUUGGUACUAAAAAAUUUGCUUCGAACCGUGGCGCACAAUGGCAUAUCUGGCUACUUGGCGAUCAUGUAUAAAGACGUUGUUUCUAAUGCUUUAAUUACAACGGCCACCGAGCUCCCAACCUCUUUCUCUGGGCACGAUUUUCGUACUAUUUUUCUACAAUACAUUUGUCGGUUGCCACAUGGUGCAAAAACUGAUCUUAUUGAUCAUUCUGACAAAGUGAUUUCCUCGCUCAAUGCUUUACGAUUCUUCGCCCUAAAGGAUCAGCAAAAUCGUACUGGUCUCUGGGACUUUAUGCCCGAAAUAGAACAGCAGUUUCUCGAGCCGUUGCGUAAGGGAUUAGACAUAUCUGUAGCACAUUAUAAAGCGGAAUUGAAACGAGUAGAAAAUGGUUUGGGUGCUGAAGCAGAAGCAGAAGAGCGUAAAACUUUGGAGUUAAUAGAUAUAAAUAUAGCGAAUGCAACAUCGGAGAGUGGAAAUGUCGAUUUGGAAGUUGGUCGUUUACGUAAAAUUGAAAUACUCAAUCAGAACCUGUGCACAUUUGAUCUGAUGCGAAGUAUCCUGGGACGCACUGAAGAGUGUGUAGAGAAUACGAGCAGAUUGUGCAAAGUGCUGCAAUAAAAAUAAGUUAUUUUGAAACUUUUUAUUUAUUAUUAAAAUAAAUUAAAAAUAAAAUGACACCACUUU